AUGUCUUUCAAGACGCUCUCCGCUCUUGUGCUUGCGCUCGGCGCCGCUAUCCAGUUCACGAGUGCUGCUGUGCCUCUCGUCCAGAAACGCGCAACUUGCGCCGAUGGACGCACCACCGCAAAUGCUGCAUGUUGCGUUCUGUUCCCCAUCCUGGAUGACAUCCAGGAAAACCUCUUCGACGGUGCCCAGUGUGGAGAAGAGGUACACGAGUCCCUUCGUUUGACUUUCCACGAUGCAAUCGGUUUCUCUCCUACUUUAGGGGGAGGAGGAGCUGACGGCUCCAUCAUCACAUUCGACACCAUUGAGACCAAUUUCCCCGCCAAUGCUGGCAUCGAUGAAAUUGUCAGCGCUCAGAAGCCAUUCGUGGCUAAACACAACAUCUCCGCCGGCGACUUCAUUCAAUUUGCUGGUGCCGUUGGAGUCUCCAACUGCCCUGGUGGUGUCAGGAUUCCAUUCUUCUUGGGUCGCCCGGAUGCCGUAGCCGCCUCCCCGGACCACCUCGUGCCAGAGCCUUUUGAUUCUGUUGACACUAUUCUUGCCAGAAUGGGUGACGCAGGCUUCAGUGCCGUCGAGGUCGUUUGGCUCCUGGCUUCGCACUCCAUUGCCGCUGCCGACAAGGUUGACCCAUCGAUUCCUGGAACGCCAUUCGAUUCAACCCCCGGAGUUUUUGAUUCUCAGUUCUUCAUCGAAACGCAACUUAAAGGCAGACUCUUUCCAGGUACUCCUGACAACAAGGGAGAAGUCCAAUCUCCAUUGCAAGGGGAGAUCAGGCUUCAGUCAGAUCACUUGUUGGCUAGAGACCCCCAGACUGCCUGCGAAUGGCAGUCCAUGGUUAACAACCAGCCGAAGAUUCAGAACCGCUUCGCUGGUACCAUGUCGAAGAUGGCUCUUCUUGGCCAGGACAAGAGCAAACUGAUUGAUUGCUCUGAUAUUAUCCCCACCCCUCCUGCCCUUGUCGGAGCGGCCCACUUGCCGGCGGGAUUUUCUCUUAGCGAUGUAGAGCAAGCGUGCGCCGAGACGCCUUUCCCUGCUCUUACUGCUGACCCAGGCCCAGUAACCUCUGUCCCUCCCGUGUAA